AAACUUUGUUUUUCCAGUUUAUAUAUAGUAAUAGCAGAUGUGAUGGAUAGAAGUAAUUUUGGUGGGAAUUUCUCUCCUGGGCCCGUUUGGGGAGCUAUAUUAUGAUAUAUGGACAAUUCUGUUGCAGUUGUCGUGGUUAUUUUGGGGUGCAGGCUGAGCAGUAAAGCAAGAUGAUGAAUUAUCACUGCAUUCAUGUUAAUCAUGCUGGUUGUGUCAUGGUUGUAGGGUUUUUGUUAUAGUUUGUUUUGUGUUUUAGUUUGAAAGUCUUCUCUUCUUGUGUACUGUCUUCAUUAAUUUUCCAGGUUCCAUUUAAGUUCCUUCUGUUUUUAGUCUGUGUGUUUUCCCGAGUUGUCACAUACUGGUGCUUUGUCACGCCCCUUGGCAUCACUUUAGUUUAACUUUUAGUCAAUAAAACCAAAUGUAUAUUUUGUUGGUGUAUUUUGUGAGAUUUUAAACUAUUUUGAAAGAUUAAAAUCAAAGUUUAUAUUGUUAGUUUAUUAUUAUUUUGAAUGGUCAAAGGCAAAAGUACUGAGACACUGCUUUCUACCUUUUAAAAAUGGGCAGAUAUGUUAAAUGUUCAUUUUUUCUGAUUCUUGUUUGAAUUAAAUGUUUGAAUUGUUUCUAUUGGUUGCUUCAUUUUAUUGUAUCUAUGUGCAUUUGUGCCAACCAAUGCCAUUACAGGGUUGGUUGGCACAAAUGCACAACAUGACGUCAGAGAAAUGUGGCAGAGAGUGGAAAGUGUUUCAACCAACCCCGGUCUCCCCUACUGUAAAAAGUGAAAAGACACACACCUGUUGAGCGGGCGGAUAGGUGGAUUCAGUCAUCCCUCUUAACGUAGUGCCAGUACGUAUUAUUACUAGUUUACUCUCUGCCACCAGUCUUGUGGAUUUCCCUGUUUUCCUUCCUGCUACCUGUUGCUUGACUGCCAUUACCUGCCUACCUGUGGACCUUCAGCAUGUUGGGAAUCUAUGUCAUCCGUGGCUGGAUGGACAAGGCAAAAGACUUCAAAGGGAAGUUCUUCCUCCUUGUCAUUGUUACCUUCAUCUUCAUCCUCUUUAUCACUGUGAGAAUAUCCAGGAUGACGUAUAGCGCCGUCCCGAAGCCGCGUAGGGAUUUAAGAACUUGCCCCUUUCGGAUCUCUGAGCGGACCAUCACCCCCCUUAACAAUACCAAGCACUUACUGGUGUCAGCCUACAUGGACCAGAGAGUGAAGGGCUUUGAUAUACGCAUCAUUGGCAUGUUUAAGAGAGACUCCAUCCAACCUCUUUACUGUCUUUUCUGCUGUGCAGGUCACUUAUCAAGUACAACACCUCCAACAACAAUUUUACAACACUCUGACAACUUUGGUUUUCCCUUCGCCACAACGGAUGUCAUGUGUCAGAUUCCUCAAAACUGCAACGCUACACAUGUCAGUCUCCUGACUCAACCAGGCAGAGAAAAUGUAUUUAACCAGAUGUGGCUUCCUAUCAGAAACCAGAAGACCAAAGGGAAGGAGGAGAAAAAGUUUCAGUUUGACUUCACAGUCUGCGUCUCCAACCUGUUUGGAGACUACAACAAUGUGCUUCAGUUUGCACAGACCCUGGAGAUGUACAGGUUGCUGGGUGUGAACAGGGUGGUGAUCUAUAACACCAGCUGUGGCCCAGACCUGGAGCGUCUGCUGCAGAGCUACAGCCAGGAGGGCUUCGUGGAGAUGGUUCCCUGGCCCAUCGACCAGCAUCUGAAUCCAUCUCGUGGCUGGCUCUUCUCAGAGCAUGGAGGGGACGUACACUACUUUGGCCAGCUGACCACGCUUAAUGAGUGCAUUUACAGAUCCAUGGACCGCUCACGCUACGUCCUGUUGAACGACAUCGACGAGAUCAUAAUGCCUUACCAACACAACAACCUGAUGUCUCUGAUGGACAUGCUCCAACAGCAGCAUCCAAAUACAGGAGUGUUCCUCAUUCAGAACCAUUUCUUCCCUAAGAAACAUUUUGAGCCAAGUGGGAGGUUUCACCUGCCUCAGUGGAACAAGGUGCCGGGCGUUAAUAUUCUGGAGCACAUCUACAGAGAGGACCCCGACAGACACAAAUACAUGCCGCACAAGAUGAUAGUUCGGCCAAGGUUGGUGGAGCAGACUUCAGUGCAUGAAGUGCUCAAGACUUUUGGAGAAAAGUUCAAGGUGCCAAUGGACGUUUGUCGGAUCAUUCAUGUCCGCGUGGCUCUGCGGGGGUCGUUAACGCUGCAGCAGCUCAAUGAGGACAAACGACAUUGGGACUUCCAAGAAAAACUGAUUCCCAAUGUGGACAAAGUACUGAGGAGAGCGGGGCUGCUGAGCUCAGAGGGUCAGAGCUGAUGGAUGGGAUGGACAGACACAUAUAACACUAUAAUAACCUUCAUUUAUAAAUGGUAAAUUGAUAGUUAAUUGAACUUAGUUAAUAGUUAUUUUACUGUUAACAAAAAAUUAAUAAAUAAUUAAUGAUGUUUACUAAUUAUUAAUAACGUUAUAAUUUCUGUUAUUUUACCAUUAGUUUGUGUGAUAUGAAAUAAUUAGUUUAUAAAUUGUAUAUUGUAUAAUAGCUGAUCAGAGACUAUAUCAAUUGCAUUCUGAUUACAUUAGUAAAGUGUUAAUUAACAGUUUAUUGUUGCAGACAUUAUAACAUUUUAUAUACUAUAUUAAAUAUUUGUUAGUGAUUACCAAAUGAUUUGUAAACCUUUAAGAAAUCAUUUGUAAAACAUCUAUAAAUAUUACACAGAUAGACGGACCAGAAACCAAUAAUUAACCAUUGACAGAGUAUUAACUAGCUAUCUAAAUAAUGUUUAUAGACGCUUUACAAAGUAUUUAUUAACCAUUUAACAAGGUAUUAUAAUCAUCAGUUGCAACUUUCUAAAAACCAUCCAAAU